UUGGUGACGUUGCCAGUUAGCUUGACAGCUAGCAGGUAGUUCACGUAUCUGCCGGUUCUCGCAGUAAUUUUUUUUUACAACUUACUAGUCAGCCAGAGGCAAAGGUCCACAGCUGGUCUGAUCAGCAGGUUGCGACACAUCACUUCAGACAUGACGAAGCACGAGUUUGAGGUGGCGAUGACGUGUGAGGGAUGCUCAGGAGCUGUGACCAAAAUCCUCAACAAGCUGGGAGAUGUGAAGUUCGAGAUUGACCUGCCGAAGAAACUGGUUUGGAUCGAGUCCGACAGAGAUGUGGAAGUUCUCAUGGAGACACUGAAGAAGUGUGGAAAGGACGUCAAGUACAACGGCACCAAAUGAAGGAAUCUGCUUCGUGUAGAACAGGAAAUCCUCGCUGCUGCUGCAAAGUGAAGAUUUCUUUGGAAUCCCAGUUAGCUGCCUGUUAGAAAGCGUCUGAUGGACCCCACGUGACUCCCCACAGAUGUUAGCCUCGUCCAGCUUUUACGCACAAAAAGAGCAAAACACCCUUUGGAUGCAGAUCUUAUCUCAGUGUUGGCCACACCUAGCAAAGCAUGUUUAGAGGAUGACAAAAAAAAAAAUGAAAUGACAUCUUGUUGCCUUGUUUUUUGUUCCAUGAGAAGGAGAAAGAGGUGACGGAGUUAUAAUGUCCUCCUCCUCUGCCCUCGUCUUCCAACACACCUGGAUUCAGCAUAGAUGUUAAGACAAACGUGAUUUAUUUUAUUUUAUUUUUUUUUUUUUAAAGCCAGCCUUCAUUCAUUUUAUAUGUUUUGUUUUGUCUUUUAGAUGUGUCCAUGUGAUGAGUAACAGUCAGAACAAGACAAGGCUGCGCAGUAACACUACAUAUGUUCUUGAAUAUGAAGUCCUCCCGUUGAAUCAGUUUCUACAUACAAAAUGAUGGCUGUAAAAGGAAAUACACUAAACAGGACUCCACCAAACUUGCUCUGGCACCAUUAAAAGUACAUUCCCUAGAUAAUAAAGCAAACUUAUUGGAUGUGUUUGCCUCAACCUGGACUCAGCAUCAUAGACGCUGUUGGAUUUAACGUCAUAAGAAGUCGUCCUUCGAAGCUCCGUGCAUGAAGGUGUCUGCAGAUCUGCGCCAAAGGGUGGGAACUCUGUCUGUCUUCCUUUCAGGGACCAUCUAGUAGAAUUAGCUUUGUCACAGUUUACACUAAUCCACUGCUGCACCACAUGUCAAAAAUAUCAUGUCGAUUUACUCACAUGCGUCUUCAUUUUCUAGAUUCUAGUUCACUGUAGGCUUUGGUUUUGUUACCUUGAGACAACGACGACCUCUUUAUUCUGGGCUUUUCUGAUGAACUGUCUGUCUUAAUAUGUUGUGUGCGCACAGGAAAAAUCAAAUAAAAUCUGCCACUUUAUGACACA